UUAAAUCACUCACCAGCUCCAGCCUUUCGUCCCCUUCAACACCCGAUGGACCAAUCGGCGGGAAAAUCGGGAAGCAGCACCGACGGCAUCGAUGACGGCGCAAAUCAGGCGAAGUUAACGGCGUCUUCGUCGCCGGAGACGGAAACCGACGGAGAUGAAAUGUUGGAGCGAUUGCUGAAAUGGUUCGAUGAGAUGAGGUAUGGAUCGAUCUCCAUGUCCACCGACCUAACGGAUUCCGUCACCAUUAACGGCGACGAAGAGAUGUGCGGAUCGUCGUUCUCAGCCGCUACGGCGACGGUAAUGGCCGGCGUUGACACGAAGAGCGCAAUGGGAAUGGGAUUGGCGGCGACGCCGUACUUCUACGGAUGUAGCUCGCCUCCGCCGGAGAUGGUGAAGAUGGCGGCGGAGGUGGAAAAGGGUUUGAUUUCGGCCGGCGAGAGAAGGGAGGGGGAGAGUGCAGAGGAGUGGGUUGCGCGAGUGUUAAAUGAGUAAUCUGGAGGUUUUCUUUCUUUUUGAUAGGGUUUUUUAGAAAAGCUUUAUUUCCUGAUUUGAAAUCGUAGGGGCAAAAUGGUAAAUACUGCAAUGUUUUUGAAGCAGAAAUACA